ACACACACCCAGCGCCUCCGCAGAGCGCCGCUUCCGCUUCCCUCCCACAGCAGCUGAUGGGAUGCUGCUGGCGGAAUGUUUGAGGCGGGCUCUUUGCACAGAGCCAGGUGUCGGGGCAGCGUCCGGGGGCCGCCAGUCCCUUAUCGCUGCAGGGUUUCACCACAUCAGCCUUAUACCUGCCGCUCACUGAGCCAUAUUGGGACGCUGGGCUCCACGGCUCGAUCUUUCCCCCUCUCUGUGCGCUCGACUGGCGGUUGAAAAAAAAAACUAACUCCAAUUUCUGGAUGGGAGCUCUUUCCCAGAAGUUCACAAUGAAGACAGGCGUUUUUCUGCUCCUGAUCGCUGCUUUCUCGCGUGGACUCGCACAAAUAGAGGAAAAUGCAGUCGAAGAGCUGCAGGUGGAGACAUUGGUGAAGCCUGAAACUUGCUCCGUACUCUCCGAAAUGGGAGACACGCUUCAAAUCCACUACACGGGAAAACUGAUGGACGGAAAGGUGAUCGACACCUCACUAUCCCGGGAUCCUCUAGUUGUCGAGCUGGGAAAGAGGACUGUUAUUCCCGGUCUGGAGCAAAGCUUGCUGGGCGUGUGUGAAGGGCAAAAAAUCAAAGCAACUAUUCCAUCUCACCUUGCAUAUGGAAAAAAGGGUUACCCUCCUACAAUUCCAGGUGACGCCCCUCUUGAGUUCGAGGUGGAGGUUAUAUCUUUAUCCCAGCAGACACAGUGGCAGAAAAUGGUCAAUGAUGUUUUACCGCUGGUGUGUCUGGCCCUGGUGCCCACUCUGCUCGGCCUGGUGGGACUCUACCUCUACAAAAAAGCCAACGCAGAGAAGCCCAGCAAAAAGAAAUCGAAAGAUAAGAAGAGCAAGAAGAAAUAAAGAAAUGGCACAUAUCUAUUUAAAUAAAUUUUUUAAAUGAUUUAAAUGAAUCUGUUAUUUAUGUUUAUUGAAUCUUUGCCGUCCUGUUUUUUUACUCAGAAAGCAGAUUUUGUAGUGAAUAAUCUAGUCUAGUGUUGUUAUCAGCCUCUGGUGGUCAUAAUCACUUACUUCUAAAUCAUGGAUUUAUUCUCCAGUAUUGCAGAUUUUCCGCUAAAAUGUGCUGUGUCUGACAGCUAGUAUCCAGAGAGAAGAAUCUUACUUUAUUUACCCCUCAAAUUAUAAUAUGAGUUAUUCUUGAUUAACCUAUACAUCACUAUGAAAGGCAGAAGUGAUUAGGAUCAUAAAA